GUUCCGGGUCGGGUCGCCCAGGACCGCCGGGACUCCGCGGCGGGGCGGGGGCGCCAGGAGCAGUUCGGCGCUUGCGGCCGCCGCUUGUGGGCCGCGCGGGGAGCCCCGGAUGAGCGGACGGUGUUCCGGCCCCCUCGAGUCCCACUUCCGGAGGUGCCACUUUCACUUUCUCUUCCGCCCAGGCGGCCUUCCUUGGGCUUCUGGAUGACAGGGUCGUCCCGUGAACGCCGAGCGUGGGGCUGAUAUCUGGGUGACGGGACAGUGCGCUUCCCAGAGCCGCGGCCCUCGGGGGGAUGGGCGCAGCCAGGCCGGAUGGACGAGAAGACCAAGAAAGCAGAGGAGAUGGUCCUGAGCCUCACCCGGGCGGUGGUGGGCGGGGAUGAGCAAGCAGCUGUGAAAUGUGCCACCUGGCUGGCACAGCAGCGGGUGUCCCUGAGUGUGUGUCUGAAGCCGGAGGUCCCCCCGACGCGGGACAUCAGGUUGUGUGUGAGCGUGGAGGAUGCCCACAUGCAGACCGUCACCAUCUGGCUCACGGUGCGCCCUGACAUGACGGUGGCCUCUCUCAAGGACAUGGUCUUCUUGGACUAUGGCUUCCCCCCCAGCCUGCAGCAGUGGGUGAUUGGGCAGCGACUGGCCCGAGACCAGGAGACACUGCACUCCCAUGGGGUGCGACGGAAUGGGGACAGUGCCUACCUGUACCUGCUGUCAGCCUGCAACACCUCGCUCAACCCGCGGGAGGUGCAGCGCCAGCGCCAGCUGCGGAUGCUGGAAGAUCUGGGCUUCAAGGACCUCACGCUGCAGCCACGGGGUCCCCUGGAGCCGUCCCCUCCCAAGCCCGGCGUGCCCCAGGACCUUGGAGGGGCAAAGCCCAAUGGAGUGCCUGAGCCCCCACCGGUGGGCUGGCAGUGCCCCGGGUGCACAUUCAUCAACAAGCCCACCCGCCCCGGCUGCGAGAUGUGCUGCUGUUCACGGCCUGAAGCCUACCAGGUGCCUGCCUCGUACCAGCCUGACGAGGAGGAGCGUGCCCGCCUGGCUGGUGAAGAGGAGGCACUACGUCAGUACCAGCAGCGGAAGCAGCAGCAGCAGGAGGGGAACUACCUGCAGCACGUGCAGCUGGAGCAGAGGAGCCUGGUGCUGAAUGCCGAGCCCGCCGAGUGCCCUGUGUGCUACGCGGUGCUGGCACCUGGCGAGGCGGUGGUCCUGCGGGAGUGUCUGCACACCUUCUGCAGGGAGUGUCUGCAGGGCACGAUCCGCAAUAGCCAGGAGGCGGAGGUCUCCUGUCCCUUCAUUGAUGACACCUACUCAUGCCCGGGCAAGCUGCUGGAGAGGGAGAUCCGGGCGCUCCUGUCCCCUGAGGAUUACCAGCGCUUCUUGGACCUGAGCGUUUCCAUCGCAGAAAACCGCAGUGCUUUCAGCUACCACUGCAAGACCCCAGACUGCAAGGGCUGGUGCUUCUUUGAGGAUGAUGUCAAUGAGUUCACCUGCCCUGUGUGUUUCCACGUCAACUGCCUCCUCUGCAAGGCCAUCCACGAGCGCAUGAACUGCAAGGAGUAUCAGGACGACCUGGCACUGCGGGCUCAGAACGACUUGGCUGCCCGGCAGACCACAGAGAUGCUACAGGUGAUGCUGCAGCAGGGUGAGGCCAUGCACUGCCCGCGCUGCCGGAUCGUGGUGCAGAAGAAGGAUGGCUGUGACUGGAUCCGCUGCACUGUCUGCCACACUGAGAUCUGCUGGGUCACCAAGGGCCCGCGCUGGGGCCCUGGGGGCCCAGGGGACACCAGUGGGGGCUGCCGCUGUCGAGUGAAUGGAAUUCCUUGCCACCCAAGCUGUCAAAACUGCCACUGAGCUGAAGAUGGCUGGGUCCCCACACAGACCCUCAUUCAUAGGCAGGAAUAGGCAGGGCUGGGUAUAGGGCACUGGCUGUGGUUUUUGGCUUAUGUGACAUCCCUGUGAUUGGCUGAGGCUAGGUGUCCUGCCCUGUGCAGCUGCUGCCUGUGCCUUUCCAGGGGCUGCUGGCCAGACCUUCCUUCUUUGUGGCUCUGACCUCUGUCAGACUCCACCCUUAAACACAGCCCUGGCCAGGGCCAUGCUGGCCCGAGCCUCUGCUGGUACCUGAGCCUCACCACUCCCCCAGCUGGC